AUGGCGACCAAAGGCCAUACCCGCUCACGCUCGUCCAUCGAUCGGGUCAUCGAUCUGCUGGCAGACCUCGAAGAGACCCAAAUCACCCAUCUUUUGGACGACCUCAACCACACCACCUCCAGCAACGUACCCGUAACCGAUGCCAUUGCACUGUUUGACCGUCAUGUAAACAAGCCUAGCCGGCAGCGGUCGGUUCGGUCGCCCGAGCCCCUGAGGACGCUGCAGGCCGAGCUCGAACGUCGUCACAGCAAACGGAUGUCGGCUGCUCCAUCGCGGUUCCGGCCCGCGGCUGGUCCUGCUGCGACUUCCUCUGUUUCUUCUACCCAACCUCGCGCUUCUCUGGACCACAUCUCCGUCUCUCCCGCAAGAGCACGAUCACCUCCGCCCCCGGCCGACGAUGACGACGAGGACGAGCAAGACCACCUUGACUCCCGGGCCACCUCCAUCAGCCGAUCACCGUCCCCCUCCCGGCUUCCGCCUUCCUCGUCCGCGACCUUCCGUCCCCGCUCCUACAAGCGCAUCAGCCGGCCCAUCUUCCUCUCCCCGACCGCCACAGCCGAGCUACACCUCCUUCUCCUCGCCUUCUUCAACGAAGCCACGCCCGUCCCGCCCGUCUCACCGACUACUAUCCACACCCCAGCAGCGGUCUCACCCACCACCACCUCCUUCACCGGCAUCCACCCUACAACAACCAGAAGCAUACCCAGCACAGUGGCCACAACCACAGCCACGCCCUCGCCCACCACUCCUCUUUUCUCGGGCUUCUCCCACUCCCCGAUUUUCCGCAGCCAUUUCUUCGACGACGACGAAGACGACAUGGAACCGACCACCCCCGGGCUGGAAGACCUGCUCGAGCCCUCGCCGGUUCGCGCGAAGGGGAGUGCGGGCGGGAGAAGUUUGAAGACGAUGCCGAGUAUUAGUAGUAUGUUUGAUUUGAUGAAGCCGUGA